UUAAUAAUAGUAAUUUCUUACAUUUCUCAUUAUUUUCUACUGUUUUACUAAAAUUUGGUAUUUAUGAUUGUAACCGCAACUAACGUAAUUUUAUUCUAUACUAGAUUUAUAACACUGAAUGAGGGUUCUACAUAUACAGUUAACCAGUCUAAAAUAAGUCACACAAGUCAUUAUAUGCAUAUCGAAUUCUUAUCAUUGAAGAUAUUCAAAUUUGGUUAUAUUCACAUUAUAUGACAAUAUCAUGAAAAAUUUCAGUUAAAGUUAUGAACAAAUGGAUCAAAUUCUUCAGUGCUAUAAAUCUAAUCGCUUUGGCAAAUCAAAUAGUUGGAAAUAAUCUUCUUAAUAUUGGAGAUUCGAAUUGUGACAAGAGUUUCGAACGAUUAUUUAAAUGGAGGUCUGUUACGUACGGCUUUCAAGAGGCUAAAGUCGUGAACAAACCGAUUUUUCUACUCAUUCAUAAAAUGCAAUGCCCUUCUUGUCAAAAAUUAAAACAGAAAUUUUCUAACUCCGUACGAUUGAUGGAUCUUAGCGAUCGAUUUGUGAUGAUAAAAGCGGAAAUGGGAUAUGAUGCAGCUUUAGAUGAUGACAAAUUUCAACCAGAUGGGAAGUAUGUGCCUAGAAUAUUGUUCUUCACAUCUAACGGUGACUUUAUCGAAGAGGCAUAUAACAAUCAUGCAGACGCGGAUAAGGAAUAUAAAUUUUUUUACAAGAAUCCUUCGGAAAUUAUAAAUACCAUGCUGUUGGUUUUGAAAAAUUAUUCUAAAGAGCCAUUGCGAGUAAUAUUUCAAUAUGAGGAAUUGUUGCAUCUAGAAACUUGUGAUAUGGAAGAUGAUAUUCUUGUUCCGACUCUCUUACAUUAAUAAUGUAACAGUAACCUUUGAAACAUGUAUGAUAUGGAGCU